ACUGUCAGCAGCAGCUCUUAGGCUUGGCAUCUCUUGUCUGUCGCGGUUGGACCUUGGGCACCUGCGUCAGUGCUCAAUCCGCCGGAGUAAGUGGGCCCACUCACUGCUGCCUCUCGCCUGGGAGGUUGCUGUGCAAUAACUGCACAAGAGGGGCGGUGGGGGGCGGUGUGUGUUUUGGGGGGCUGGGGGGGAGAGCCCCCUUCCAGCUGUCGGGAAGAUCAGUGACGAGCUGAUCAGUUAACAGUGAGCCCUCCCGCAAACAUCCACGCGGGAUUUGAUCAGCGCGACAGAUCACCCCUCCUAAACCAGCCCCCGGGUUCAAGGUUUGCCCCUCCCGCCCAGCGCCAAUCUGAGAUGGGCAGAAGGAGGGGGCGGGAAGGUUAGUUUGAAGAGGGCAGAGCUCUGCGAGAGGACGCCGCUUCCCCCCGUUAUUUCACCGCUGGAUUAAAAAAAAGAAAGAAAGAGAAAAAUUAUCCAAAUCCAGUGGCCGGUAACAGCUGAGGGAGAAAUCAGUCGGACCAAACGGCAGAACCUCAUCAACUCCAAGGAAAGCCAGGAGUGAGAGAGAGAGAAGACACACACACACACACACAACAGCAGGAACAUCAUCCUCAUUGCUGCUGACCUGCGCAGAGACUAUGGCUGCUGCACGUUGGAAGCCUCAGUCAGUGGAUAUUGGCUUUUGGCUCCUCCUGCUCCUCAGCCUCAUUCCUGAAUGCAGGGCAGUAGUUGGACACAGAGAGCCGUUGCCUGAUGACAGUAAAGACAACAUCACCAUUUUCACCCGAAUCUUAGACAGGCUGUUGGAUGGAUAUGACAACAGGCUCCGUCCCGGGUUGGGAGAGAGCGUAACAGAAGUGAGGACAAACAUCUAUGUCACGAGUUUUGGACCCGUUUCAGACACAGACAUGGAGUACACCAUCGAUGUCUUCUUUCGCCAGAGUUGGAGGGAUGAGCGGCUGAAGUUCGAUGGGCCCAUGCAGGUUUUACCCCUCAACAACCUCCUGGCCAGUAAGAUCUGGACUCCUGAUACUUUUUUCCACAACGGAAAGAAAUCUGUAGCCCACAACAUGACAACUCCUAACAAACUGCUACGACUAGUCGACAACGGCACGCUUCUAUACACAAUGAGGUUGACCAUUCAUGCCGAGUGCCCCAUGCACCUGGAGGAUUUCCCGAUGGAUGCACACGCCUGUCCUCUGAAGUUUGGAAGUUAUGCUUACACAAAUAAUGAGGUGAUCUACCUGUGGACCCAGGGUGACGAGAGGUCUGUCGCUGUGGCAGAGGACGGCUCCAGGCUGAACCAAUAUGACUUACUGGGACAUGUUAUUGGCAAAGAAACCAUCAGUUCCAGCACAGGCGAAUAUGUAGUGAUGACAACAUAUUUCCAUUUGAAAAGGAAAAUUGGCUAUUUUGUGAUUCAAACCUACCUUCCGUGCAUCAUGACUGUCAUACUGUCUCAGGUCUCCUUCUGGCUAAACAGAGAAUCCGUUCCGGCGCGCACAGUAUUCGGUGUCACCACUGUCCUAACCAUGACUACCUUGAGCAUCAGUGCUAGAAACUCCCUUCCUAAAGUGGCCUAUGCCACCGCCAUGGACUGGUUCAUGGCUGUGUGCUAUGCCUUUGUCUUCUCUGCCUUGAUUGAGUUUGCCACAGUCAACUACUUCACCAAGCGCAGCUGGGCAUGGGAUGGGAAAAAAGAGGGCAUGGAAAUAAGGGAACCGUUUCAGGCUAACAUGGCCAGGAUUAAAGAUAUGAGAAGAGAAUCUGCGACUUUGUCCAAAAAGGCGAACAACACCUUCAACAUUGUCGGAACCACCUACGCCAUCAACGUAGCUAAAGAUCAAGGUUUAACGACCAUUUCCAAGAGCGCGGGAGCAUCGGCGAAGCAUCCCUAUAUGCCUGAUCCCUACAUAGAGGCCAAGAAAUCCUACAACCGCGUCAGCAAAGUGGACAAGAUAUCACGCAUCAUUUUCCCAGUUUUGUUCUUCAUCUUCAACUUGGGUUACUGGGCCACAUAUGUCAACAGAAAGCCCGCUAUCAUGAAGGCAAACAACCUAAACUGAGUCUGACCAAAUGCUCGGCUUGAUUGGGUUUGGUUUCGGUGUGCCAAGUCCAUUACAUCUUUUUUUGUGCGUGUGUACGUGUGUGCGCGCAUGUUUUGUGUGUCUGUUUUUUCUUAGGCAUCUGAUAUUUUGCACGUCCGUAUAGAUGGAAGGCAAAUUUGACCAUACAGUAGAUUCACAUAGAGUAGUGGACCGUGGAGGAAGCACAUUGUCACGUCAGUCUGUGUUUGUGCAGCAUUUCUUUUUAGUUUCGUCCCCUCCACACUUAGCUCUGGCCCUGUUCUCUGUUGUGAGUAACCCGGUGAUCUUUGCUGUACCUUUGACGGCUUGCUGUUUUGUAGAGUAGUCAAAUUGCAUUUUCCACCAAAUUUGGACAUGUUUGCGCUUUUCUUAUGAUAAGUCAGGGCAAGCAUGCGUUCAACGUUCUCGUUGUAGCUCAUUACCAAUAAUAAGACUGUCACGUGCAUUGAGUUGAGAUAUGCAUGCAGACAUGCACACGAACACAUGCAUCAGAAGACACCAAGAGAGCCAUUUGCUGGUCGCUUUACUGUUAUUCUGUUAGCUGGGGGCAGCCUGUGUAGGUCCAUAGGAACAUCGUUAAUAAUCAUCAGUGUCUGACCUUCAGCUUGCGGUGAAGUUCAACAGUCCCAAUACAGUAUUAUCUGCAACUGCUUUCGCGUCUCAUUGGGCUGCCUGUACAUUUUCUAGUUCAGUGGCUCUUUGAGGUUUAAUUGGCUAUGUCCUACGACAGAGAAGCUACGUGCCUUGGUAAAUACACACAUCACGAAGCAAAAAAGGCUUUGACAUGCUUACACUUGCAUUUCCACACAUAUAGACAACGGUCUGUGUGUUUACAUUACAUACAAACAUUUAUAAACUGGCAUCCAUGCUCUGCAGUGUAGUGCAGUAUGGGCUGUGCAUCACGCACCGCGCCGGUGGAGAUGGGUAUAAAGUGUAAAUGUUUCCCAUGAGUGCCGAAGGCUAACAGACCUUUCAGCACUAGUGAAAAGCUGAAGCAAAGAUAUUAAAGGAUAUAUCAUAGUCCGUGUGCCAUUUAUGUUUUGACAUCUCUGUGAGCUGAGCAGUCAUUACAAACUACCGCCAUUACCUCAGACUGAAGUCGAAUUCACACAUUUUUUUUUUUCGCCAUUCAAAUGCAAAUAACGUGACACGUUUCACACAUUAAAUCAUAGCAGACACUCGCCCUUUAAGUAAACUGUGAGCAGGCACCUUGAAACCUUUUUUUUUUAUUGUUUUUGUUUUUCACCCUUAUUUUGUUUCCAUCGGUCACCGUAGCCACACUCAUGCACAAGCGUUUUGAUUCGUGCUGUAUUUUUUGCCCUUUUAUACUUUAUCGUGUAAAGUUGAUCGGUGUUGAUUUGACUGUCUCCAUAUACUGUGUUUUGUAGUAAAAGUCGAGUCACAGUCAUGCAGCAUUUCUGAACACAUUUCGGAGACACUGCCAUCGCUGGCGACAGUUGCAUUGCAAAAUUCAUAAUAAUAAAACAACAACAAAUUGUUCUGAUCGCGCCAAAGAGCCACUAACGAUGGAGCAAUGAUCGCUCGUGCAUUGAAUUUGUCUCUGAUUUGUUUAGCGGUGUCUGUAUUCCUGUGACACUCUGUGUUAUGUGUGCUAAGCAUUUAUGCAGGUGUAACUCUAAAGCCAUUUCUGUUGCUUUUUAUGCUAAGCAAACUGUUUUUCAUCAUGUUAAAUACCAGCUCUGACAACCACUGUACUCGAUACUCUUUCAUACAUUAAGCUUACCAUUUUCAGUGGUAAGCUUAGGACAGUGAGUGAACCGUGUUGUGGCACCUGUAAAGGUUUGUUAAUACAAACCACGUAGAAGUGUUCAGUCAUAGCUUAAUGCAUGGUGAAGUCUGUACACGUUUUUUCGUCUUUGGCCUCAAAUAUUGGUGUUUGUCACUAAGGAAAUAGGGCUUGGUAUCAAUGUGUUGUACUUCAUCCCAGUUACUCAUAACCUCUCAUAACCCAGCAUCUGUAUAAACACGCAUAAUUCCAACUAUUUGUGCAUACUAAUGCAAUGUUUAUGCUUUACAGCUGGUACAGAGUUUUGGGAGUGUUUUUACCCUUAUUUGGUCACACACGCACAGUUCGCACAUACUGAACUGGCUCUGCAGUCAUCUUAAAUAAUGUUAAGCCAGUUCAUACAUGAAGAUACAGGACAACAACAAUACAAUACAAAAUUUUGUUCUGUGAUUGAAAGAAUUAAGUUAAGUACAUCGAACAAGUUGUGAAUUUAGCCGACAUAUAACAUGAUGAAAACAAGCUAUUCUUAUCAAAUAUAUAUAUAUUAUAUAUUAUGUGUACAAUUUAACACAAGAUGUAUUAUUAUAUUUUUUAAAAACUGAUAUAUAAUCAAAUAAAGAACAAAUAAGAUAUUUACAUUUUUAUUAUCAUAAAAUGUAAUCAGUGGCUAUUUGUAGAGCACUGACUCUUUUAGCCAUUACAAUAAAUCAGUGCGUCUAAUUUCAAGCCAUACAUAUGUGGACAUGCACACAAAGCUAGACCCUAUCUCUCUCUUCCACAUGCAGCUAAAUUGCAACAGCAUGUGCAUUUCUUUGUAAACCUUAUACAGACAUUAGAAACACAGUGGCUAUAAUGGCAAAAUAAGGCGUGAUACUAACCUCUGCACUGAAAUCGAGGAAUAGAAAUUCAUUUCAUUUCAUCGGGCAAAUUAAAUGUAUAAUAACAAACAGGGUGAAGCACGUCGCUGUGUCUUAAUGAUACGUAUUACCUCUAAAUAUUUCUGAACACCACACAUCAUCCCGGCGCAGUAUAGCUUUUUUUAAUCCGAUACAUUUCAUUGAUUUAUACACUUUUCAAUGAAAACACCCUGUUUCCUCUUCUUUAUUUCUUCUUUUUUUUUAGAAUUUAGUCUCAAACAAAAUGAUCCAUUUUACACAUCCACUGAGGGUUUAUAAACCCUGCUGGCUGCUGCUAAACAGCAUUAAUGUUUGUGUAUGACUCUUCUGGGUAGUGGGAUAAAUGUACUGUAGGUACGUACUUCUAAGCAGAAACAGUCACUUUACUUAAUAUGCCCAAAGACCCUUGUCAUGUCAGGAUCUGGUAUAAUGUGAUAACCAAAGAUCAAUUUGCUUUGUGAUUUCAUGUGUACUACAGCAUUCAUAAACUCAUGUCUAACCCCAUUCACAACAUGAAAUUAGUGUGACUGCCAAGCUGUGCUGACUGUACUGAUCAAGGUAAAUAUUUACAGAAUAACAUACUUCUCUACACCUCGUCAGUUAUAAAAAAAAAUUUAAAUCCACAUAUGUUGUGUGUUUGUGACUAGCAAACAAGGGUAAAACACUCCUGGAGCUAUAAGACCACGACCACUUCACUCUGCCGCUAAACUACAGCGUAAUCAUCGUCAUCCAGUCUGCUUGGAAAGACCAUAGCAGCCAACACAUGUCAUAGUGCAGAAAUAAGAAUCUGAGCAGUUUUUAAAACUAGAAAUUGUAAGAAAAAACUGUGUUUUGAAGAGUCUGCAUGUACACCUGUGGUAAUUGUUUUAUUUCGUUUUGAUUGAUUGAUUGAUUUGAACAUUCCUGGGAUGAUUUCGAUGAGCAGGACUCCACUGUACUGUUGCCAUUUAGGCUCUGCUAUGAUUGUGUUAGUCACGUGGUAAAUCCUUUUCUCACAGGGCCAGAGUUAACUUCAGCAGAAACAUGUCAUCCAUAUGAGAUAGAGUAUAUUAAGACUAUAUUACUAUAUUAAUAUAUUUAUGCUAUUCAGUACAGCAUUAAAUAUUCUAUGUUUUAUACGACGUAACCUCAACAGCAUUUAUGCAAAACUCCUGAUGCGUAGAAAGCUGUAGAUAAAAUAGGCAAACUAAACAAAUGAUUCAACUAAAUGGCAACAAUUCUAAUUGCUCAGAAUAGUACUACUAAGUUGUGAAUUUGUAGAUAUUGUGAAAUUAAUUCCGAUAGUUUUUGUGAAUAUUGAUAUGUCAUGUCAUUUAUUUUUACAUUUGAUAAGUACUGCUGUCUUACAUUGAGCUCUGUAACACUACGUGUUAUGGUAUUAUAAAGAUGUACAGUAGAGAUAAUACUCAUCGAGCUAUUAACACGAUCCGUACCUUGUGUGCACUUUUCAAACCUAACUGUGAAUAAGCAGCUGUCUGCAAGCAGAGUCGUACACACUGUGUUCUCUCUCCAGCAAUUUCACUGCAUGUCUCUACGCAUUGAGAGAUCAAAGACUUCCUCUACAAAGACAGCUCCGGGAACUUUGUGGACUUUGUGUUUUUGUUAGGAAGUGGUCUCUAUAUGCUCAGUGACUGGACUCUGUGUUGCCCUCUGUCAUUCAUGUGCUUACUGUAUGGGAUAUAGCAAAUGGAAAUGAGGAUUAAAAGGACCGUGUAUUUUGUCUUGGAGUUAAAAGGCCCUUCUUGGUGACAUCCGAGCCUCAAAGGUGCACGCUUUCAACACGCUGGACUCACCUGAUGCUCCUUUAGAGGCUCAUUUGACGACUAUUGUUGUUUAACCCUUUGUGUGUUUGUCUGUGCUGUGCAUGCGGGUCCUUUUUGUUUGUGGUUGAUUAGGGGAAAAUUCAGUUACAGCCUGAAGACAUCCUACAGGGAACAAACAUAUUGCACACAUUCAAGUCAAAGCACAGUCACCUAAAAUUUAUUAUAUUUCACAACAUUUAUAGCCACUGUAGAUUACACACAAAUCAGACAAAACAGCAAGGGCACAACAUCUGGCUUAAAGUGUAUGCUGACGAUUUUAAUAUAUGUCAUGAUAAAUAGUCUAUAUUUAAUGUUGUACCUCAUUUAUAUGGUUAUUUAACAUGUGCUGCCUGCUAUUAAUGAAUUGUCCAAAUUAACAGAUGCAGUGUUAUUCCCAUACAUUUUAAUGGUCAGGAUUUAUGAAAUUACAGUUUUCUAUUACACACAAAAAAAUGUUGGUAGAUGUACACACACUGGAGGUUACCUGUAAAACUUGAUUUAAUGCUGCACAUUGGCCAGAAGGCACAUGAGCCAGACAUUACAUUACACACAUUACGUUACAAAG